CUUUGGUGCCCGGGAGCCCUGUGGCUUUAAGCCCGAGCCCUGGUUUGGGAGGAGACUGGGAGGGCGACGGAGGGUGCCCGCCUACCUGGGGGAACCUGCUGGAGGUGAGGCUGGAGCGGCUCGGGAUGCGAGGCGGGCGGGGGCAGGCUGAAAGUUGGAGCAAGCAGGAAGUGAAGCGAGGGCGGCCCGGGAGGAAACAGACUAGGCGAGCCCCGUCGCGGACAGGCCCGAGCCGCUGGGAGACAUGGAGGAGGCCAGUGGAGGUGGGGGACAUGACCAUGUGCGGAACCUGCAGAGCGAGGUGGAGGGAGUCAAGAAUAUUAUGACCCAGAAUGUGGAGCGGAUCCUGGCCCGAGGAGAAAACUUGGAACACCUCCGCAACAAGACAGAGGAUCUGGAAGCCACAUCGGAGCACUUCAAGACCACAUCGCAGAAGGUGGCCCGGAAGUUCUGGUGGAAGAACGUGAAGAUGAUUGUCCUCAUCUGCGUGACUGUUUUUAUCAUCAUCCUCUUCAUUGUGCUCUUUGCCACCCAUGCCAUCCCAACCUAGAGAGCCCCUCGCCCCCACCCUCCUCUUCAGGGCAACCCUCCAUCGUGGGUGCCAAAAAGGGCCCUCUCUCCCAUCAUUGCCUGCAGGGAGUGCUGCUGCGUCCUCCCGCCCUUCACUCUGAGGCCCCUCUGCCACACUGUCUGCCCGAGGCACCUUGGCCCCCCUGGAAGGAGAGAGCUGGACUGUGGCUAUGUUUCAUGGGCCUUCAGAGUUGGUUGGAGAGACCCCAGAAGGCCCAGCCUGGGGCUGGGAAACUGAUGGUGGCCGGUGGGCAAUAAAGACCUUUCAGUAUCCCUACA